AUGGUGUUUGAGGUCGGCCAGAGAAUUUUCGUGAAGGAUGAACCCGGCGUUAUUAAAUUUUCUGGGCCUACUCAGUUUGCUUCAGGGUUUUGGUUUGGGGUAGAACUCGAUCGUCCAGUAGGCAAGAAUGAUGGCUCGAUAGAUGGUGUCAGAUACUUCGCAAUUUCCAAAAGUAACUCAGGAAAGUAUGGAGUCUUUGUUAGAGAGGCAAUGUUGUCAUCCGGACCCAAUACAGUUUCUCGUUCAGCUUCACCUUUGGCAGAUUCACAUUUGCAUGUAGUAAUAGACAAACUUCAGGUUAAGUUGAAAACAGCCAGUCAAGAAAUUCGAGACUACAAGGAGAAAUUGAUAUUGCUAGAGUCCAAAAAUUCAACGUUGGAGUCUCAAUUGGAGAUGCAAGCCACAGAUCACGAUUUCUUGUUAAGUACAAAGGAAGCCUUGUCUCAAGACUACAAGGAAUUGAAGUUGAAGUAUGAAGAACUCAAAACUGACUUCGAUCUCUUACAGGAAGAAGCGGAGUUGAAUAAACAGCUCGAAAAGGAAAUACUGGCCUUGCCGCCGGAUUCAAUACGACUGGAGGAUACACAGAAGAUCAUGCUUAGAAACAAGCAGUUGGAGGCAGCUCUACUCAGUUUGCAGACGAUCACUGAUUCCAACGAGUUAAACAUGAACAAAGAGAUAAAUCAAUUGAAGUCAGAAUUGUCGGGACAUCAACUUCUGAGCAAAAACCUCGAAGACCUUCGAACCAAGCUCUCCCAAGCAGAUUCAACCAUUGCAUCAUUACAAGAACAGUUGGAUUCAGUACUAGAUCUUGAAAAGGUAGUUGAACAUUUGACAAGUCAAAAUGAAGAAUUGUCUCAAAAGGUUGUUAACCUUACAAAAACAGUGGAAGACUUGACUGAGAUACAUGAGUUGGAUAAAAGUCUAGAAGAGAAUCAAAAACAUGUCGAAGAAGAGCUCAGAAUAAGCUUAGCAAAGUUACUGGAUGUUGUAAGGCAAGAUAAAGGAGUAAUCCAGGAUCUUGAAAAUAAGAAUAAAUGGAUGGAAGAUAAAUUGAACCAAUUGAAAUCUAUUGAAGUAUUUGAAACAGGACUGGAUGAUUUGAGAAAUGAAUUGGAAACCUUCAAAGCCAGAAUUGCAUCAUUGUCAACUUCCAGCAGAUCCGAUAAAGUGAAUGCUAAGAUUUAUUCUUUCAAGUUGGCCCAAUUACAAACAGCUGUUGGUUAUGAUGCUUUUAGCCAUUUGGAAUAUAGGAAAGUAUUGGACAUAAUCCACUUGGCGAAGAGCUGUAUCUGCUACGUUGAAUGCAUAGAUGAGUCUAUUGAAAAACAAUUGAAUAGAAGUAUCAAUAGAGAUCUUCGUAUUCAAUAUUCUAAUGUGUUUGUUUCCCUUCUAGAAGUGAUCAUUACUCUCUUUGAGUACAAUUUCCAGGAACAGGUUCUUUCCUCUAAGCUUGACAACUUCAAUUCUGUGUUAGGCUCCAUAGAAUUAUGGUUGCUGGAAUUUAAUAACAACGAUGUUGAAAAUGAUGACUUCUACUUUUCUAAUGUCCAAAAGUUUAUUGCAGACAUUAUAGACUUGAUGAACUUUGAAAACAGAAUUAAAUUUCAAAGCAAGAUUCAAUUUGAAUUUAUAUUGAAGUAUGUUAAAGCUGAAUGCCAAACGUUCAUUGACUUUCUUGAACUCGUCCUUGAAGACCAGCGAUCAGAUGACUAUGAAACCCCGUUGAUGGUACUGUUACACAAUUUAUUGAAAGACUGUCGAAAUACCCAAGUUUCCGCCAACAGCCAAUUGGCUAAAAUAGCUGAACCAAAAGAAUUGACAGAUUUACAAUUCACGAACAUUACUCCAGAUAUACGAGACCCUCUUCAAAAAGGGAAAACAGGCGAUUUCUUUACUUUGACUCUUGCUAAAUGUAUAUCGAGUUCCACUACUAGCAUCAUCGAUGAUAUUAAGCAAAAUGGUUUAGAACCUUUGGCAGAAGAGCUUCAAAAGAAUCUCGCCUCAUAUCGAGCAAUAAUUGAAACUGACUUCAAAAUUGAAUUAAUUCUAGGUAAAAGCAUCUAUGAAGAGUUAGAGUUACCGCUGUUGUCCUCAGACCUGAAAGCUAUUGAAGAAUCAUCUAGCGAUGAUUUAAAGGAGGAGCUUAAUCAGGCUAGAAAUACCUUGGCUGAAAAAAAUAUGAGGAUAAAUGAGUUUCAACUUAACAUCAAGUUACUUGAAAGAAAUAUGGAAUCUUUGAAUGAAAAGUAUAUAGAAAAGAUUUCACAUCUCAAGAGUACGAUAAGUCAACUCGAAGAAGACCAUAAUACAAGCAUUAAACGAAUCGAAGAGUUGAUGCAUUCAAAUGAGAAACUUGAGAAAGAGGUUCACAAAUUACUUCAGGUUAAACAAGAGUUUGAUUUUCAUGGAAAGUAUACUACUUUGAAGUCUGAGAAUCAAUCAAUAGAUAGACUUGCAUUAAUGGAGGAAAUAUUGUUAUUGAGGAAGAUUACUGAUCAGAUGUACUCUCGUCAAGUUGAAGAAGAAAAUGAACUAUCGUGGCUAGAUGUUCCACUCAUAUAUCGAUCUAAUAAUACUCCAUCUGGUGAUAAUCUCAAUCACGUUGGAAGACAUUUGCAACACCUUUCUGGAGAAGCAAAGUUCAUAAGAUUGCCUUCGUCUAGCG